AACUCUGUGGAUAUUUCCUCGCGUUUUUUUAUUUUUCUCUAUUUUUGUUUUUCACUUACUCUCACAUUUAUUUUAUUAAAUUAAUUUAUGAUUUCCUCUUUUUUUACUGUGUAUUUUAUUAGUAUCAUUGUGCAUCAUUUAUUUAUUUUGUAAACUUAUAAACUAAUAUUAAUUAAAUCCAUCAAUGUCAAACCCAAAAUAAACAUAAAAUUUGUUAUUAAAGUCCUCAUAUUUUAUUACUCUUUUAUAAAGCAUUUAGGCUAGCAAAUGACGAGAAAAAGUCUUAUCAAACACGAAGAGUCAGAAAACGAUUCUGAUGAAGAAGUCUGUAGAAGGAAGAAAAUAGUAACACGGAGCGGACAGCGUCAGACCUAUAAAUCUACUGUUAAAAUAAACAAUACUGCAGAUAUAAGUAUUUUAGAAUAUUCCCGGAACCCCUCGUAUUGAUUUAAAAAAAAGUACGUACCUAGACGAAAGAUUUCAGUCGAGAAAAGAGAGCAUAAAAUACAUGUUCGCUACUUUUGCGGUAGUAGGAUUGUCGAGAAGAUAAAAACACACAUUAUCAGUGUACACAAAGACGAAAAAAUAAUCUUGGAUAUGUCCGAAUUAGAUGAAGAAGAGUUUUUGAAAGGUAUAACCAAGCUUAUUAAUUUAGGCGAUUACAACGUUAAUGUGUCAGAAUCAGCUAAUAAAGAAGAAUUAUAUGGAGUCAGAAUAUUAAACCAAAAACAAAUAUUGCAUGGAAUAGAGGACGAAGAUACAGGGGAAUAUACGUUUCCUAAAAAGCCUAGCUCUGGUAAACCUACCGUGGUGUUGCGAGAAACUUCUGAUGGCCGCAAAAUCCCGGUCAUGUAUAAUGAUGAGCUAUCUACAGAAGAAUCGAGUGAAUCAUAUGCACCGUGCAAAUAUUGUUUUAAAUAUUUAAAAAAGUCGUAUAUGAGAAAGCAUAAGUGUGAUUCAUCAGAUCGGGUAACAGAUGCAAAGGGAUUUUUGAAGGAAUGCGAAAAUUUGAUCCCGGAUAUCCACACAGAAGCAAGUGAAAGAUUGAGGAAUUUAGUUUUAAAGAAAAUGGCACCUGGAGAAAUUAAAGACAUUAUUAAACGGGAUAAAUGUAUUUUCCUGUACGGAAAUGAUCUAGUAGAUUAUUACAACAAAGAUCAUAAUUACUCAAUGAUAAGUCACCAAUUGAGAAUAUUAGGUGACUUAGUUAAAAAUAUGCGGAAGCGCGAUAAGGAUAUUCAGUUUUUAGAAGAUUCUUUGAAGGUAGAUAAAGUUACUUUAUUGUGCGAUGUUUUAAAAAUAAUGGCAGAUCAUGAUGUCGAUACAGGAUUAUUAACUAAAGUUAAUAAAAUUCCUGAAUUAACAACAUUAUUGAAAAAGGUAGUUAAAUUUUUCAAAGCGUAUUACGCUGAAAAGAAAAAAAAGAAUUAUUAUCUGAACUAAGAAGUAUUGAAGAAAUGUUACCAUUGAAGUUUAAACAUCUCAAUAAAAAAGCGAGAAAUAGUUUUGUGGAAUCUGCAAAAGAUAAACCGAUUGAAAAACUCUCACCAACAGACGAUAUUCGAAAAUUACACCAAUAUGCUGAGCAGAUUAGAUUAUCCUCUGUAGAAACCUUGAAUACUACACCUGAUGACACUGAGGAUAAUCAGAAAAUUCGUAAAAAAAGCUUUGAAAAAUCUGAAUGAGUCUACUCUUAUUUUAAUACAGCUAUUUAACCGUAAAAGGCAAGGCGAGAUUUCCCGUUUAUUAUUGUCGGACCUAAGCGAAUCAAAACUGUUUCGACUCGUUUCGACUCGAUGAUGCAUGUGCUGCAGAUGAAUUCAUGAAAUUGAGCGAAGACAGUAAGAUUGCAGCGCGAGAUUAUGUACGUGUUGCCAUAUUGAAUAAGAAAGGGUUGCGCAUCGUAGGUUUAUUGUUACAUCAACGUUUACUACAGAGCAUAAACCUCAUAUUGAAUCUUAAAAGUGAAAAAUUAAUGAAAAAUAAGUAUGUAUUCGCUAAAGAAUCGGAAGAUACUUCAAUCGACCACUAUUAUGAAUCAUACCAGAUUAUGCGAGGUUAUGCUUCUAAAUGUGGUGUUGAAGACCACACUAGAUUGCGGGGCACAUUACUUCGAACAUUACUUCGACAUUACUUCGAAAAGAACUGGCUACUAGGAUGUAUGCGAUUGACAUACAAGAUAAUAAAUUGAAAGAUUUGGCAAACUUUUAAGGCCAUGAAAUUGACAUUCAUAAAAACUAUUAUCGUCAAAAAAUCCCCUUAAGAGAAUUAAUCACCUUAACACCUAUGUUAGAGCAAGCCCAGGGCCAGAUAUCGCAAUCAACGUCAGACGACAAAACUAUAGAUCAAAACUCAGCAGAUUCGGACUAUGUGCCUGAAGACAACAAUAAUGAAGCUUACAAAGAAAACUCGAGAAGAAACCCAGUAAAAACAAUUGUUUCCAACAACUUGAGAUGGAAAAUUAACGAAGAAGGUGAACCGGAAGGAAACCGAACUCAAGUAAAAGAAAAAGACGAUUCUGACGAUGAGUUUGAAGAUGAGGUUGCAGCAAAAAAGAUUAAGAAAGAUCAAAAAAUUGCAUGGAGUACCCAGGAACGGAAGGCGGUUAGCGACUAUAUUACAAAAUACGGCAUACCUGACAAAGUUUCAACUGCAUUUAUGAACAGUAUGAAGAAUGAGUAUCCAAUCUUAAAUGGUCGAGAUAACAUGAAGUUAAGAGCAUACAUUCAUAGUAAUCGAUUAGCAAAAAAAAAAAAAAACAAUUAACCUAGAUAAACAAAGAA